AUGCUCAAGCAGUCACGCGAGUUCGGCAACUCCCCCGGCAAGGCCCUCCAGCGCCUGGUUCCCUUCUUCUCGCUGACCGCCUUCAGCCUGGUCUUCAUGCAUUACGGCGCCACCGGCGGCGUCUUCCAGGGGGUCCUGGUCAAGCGCCACAUGCUGGCCUUCACUUUUGCCUUCGGCUUCGACUUCUCGCAGCUGGUGGCCCGGGUCAUCCUGGCGCACUUGACCCGCAGCCCGAAGUCCUAUCCCGGGGGCAUCCUUUCACACAUCGGGUCUCUGAUCCCAAUCACCGGGGCCGUCGGGGCCCUGUUCGGCCUUUUCGGCGGCACCCCCGAGGCCGAUGACCGGGCCGUCCAGUGGCUUUACAUCUGGCUCGCCCUCAGCACCCUGCACUAUGCCUUCAUGGUGUGGGCCGUCAUCAAUCAGAUUUGCAAUUUCCUCGGGGUCGGGUGCCUGCGCAUCGUUCGCCGGCCCUCGGGCAAUUACCACCGCCGGUCGCAGCAGCGCAUGGCCGCCGCUGCGGCCGCCGCCUCGGCCUCGUCCAGCUCCGUGGCCUCGGCCGGAUCGACGGUCUUCCCCCCGGCGUCCAGGCUGGACUCCCGGCGAGCGCAUGCCUGA